GCGUUCCGGGGCAGAGCAGGUUUCUGGCUUUCAGAACCUCCGCUGGCCUCGGGUCCCAGAGAGGCUUCCGGACCAAGCGUGGGCCAGGCUUUGGAGGCUGCCGGCAGCUCCUGACCAGCUCACGCGGUGGGAGGGCGGCUGAAGAAACGUGCCGCAGCAGAGACGUGCCAAAGAGGCCGUAGAACCGUGAGCAGAUUGGUUUCAUUUUGUCCGAAAGGAAGGAGGGAGACUGGUCUGAGUGAAGAGCACUAGACUCCAAGUCAGGCCUCUGCUGCUCAGUGGCUUCUCUUUCUGUGCUCCUGGCUCUCUCAUCUAUACAGUGAGGAGUUAGCCUGAGGAUCUCAAAGUUCCUUCCAGUUCUGACACUAAAUUCUUCGUACUAAGGUGUGCUUGGCAUUCUGGGGUGCAGUUUUCAAAGAAGGAUGGAGGAAAAUAAGAAGCUUGCUAUAGUGGAAGACACUGUGAAGUACUGCCUGUUCCUGAUACCAGAUGAACCACGAGAUCCAGAAAAACACAAAGAGAUUCUUCAAAAGUAUAUUGAGAGGAUAAUGAUCCAGUUUGCACCUGUGCUGGUCCCCUAUAUCUGGCAGAAUCAGUCUUUCAAUCUCAAAUAUAAACCUGGGAAAAGAGAUGUUCCUGCUCAUAUGUUUGGCGUGACAAAGUUUGGGGAUAACAUUGAGGAUGAAUGGUUUAUUGUUUAUGUAGUAAAGCAAAUUACAAAGGAAUUUCCAGAGUUAGUAGCAAGGAUUGAAGACAAUGAUGGUGAAUUCUUGUUAAUUGAAGCUGCUGACUUUCUCCCUAAAUGGUUGGAUCCUGAUAAUAGUACCAAUAGGGUGUUUUUCCACCAUGGGGAGUUGUGCAUUAUUCCUGCACCAAGAAAACGUGGAGCAGCAUCCUGGUUGCCCACCACACCCCCAACAAUCCCACAAGCAUUGAAUAUAAUCUCAACACACUCAGAAAAAAUUUUAGCUUCAGAAUCCAUACGAGCUGCUGUGAAUAGGCGCAUCAGAGGAUACCCAGAAAAAAUUCAAGCCUCCCUUCAUCAAGCACACUGCUUCCUUCCAGCUGGCAUUGUAGCAGUGCUAAAGCAGCGCCCCAGAUUGGUGGCUGCAGGAGUCCAGGCAUUUUACCUACGGGACCCUGUUGACCUGCGAGCCUGUCGUAUUUUCAAGAUAUUCUUGCCUGAAACACGAAUAAUGACAUCAGUCACUUUCACUAAAUGUCUGUAUGCACAGUUGGUGCAGCAAAGGUUUGUGCCAGACCGGCGGAGUGGAUACAAGCUGCCUCCUCCAUCUCAUCCCCAAUACCGAGCCCAUGAAUUGGGCAUGAAGUUGGCUCAUGGAUUUGAGAUCUUAUGCUCCAAAUGUAGCCCACAUUUUUCUGACUCCAAGAAAUCCCUCAUGACUAACUCACCACUCUGGGCUGGCUUCCUUGAAAGUCUAAAAAAGAAUGACUAUUUUAAGGGACUGAUAGAAGGUUCUGCUCAGUACCAGGAAAGGCUAGAAAUGGCAAAGAACUACUUUCAAUUCUCAGUAAACCAGCCAGAAAGCUCUCUUGCUAUGAGCCCAGGUGAAGAAAUAUUAACCUUGUUACAGACAAUACCAUUUGAUAUAGAAGAGCUUAAGAAAGAAGAAGCUAAUCUUCCCCCAGAAGAUGAUGACCAGUGGUUAGACCUCUCACCACAUCAGCUGGACCAGCUACUGCAGGAAGCUGCUGGCAAAAAAGAACCAGAGCCCAUUUCCAAGGGGGAGAAGGAGAACUAUGACUUAACUCAAGUCUCAGAGAGCAUGAGAGCUUUCAUAUCCAAAGUCUCAACCCACAAAGGAGCAGAGUUGCCUCGAGAACCUUCUGAGGCUCCAAUCACUUUUGAUGCAGAUUCUUUUCUUAAUUAUUUUGAUAAGAUUUUAGGGCCAAGGCCUCAUGAGUCAGACUCUGAUGAUCUGGAUGAAGACGACUUUGAAUGUUUAGAAAGUGAUGAUGACUUGGAUCUUGAAACACAAGAGCCAGGGGAAGAAGCGUCUGUAAAAGGAACCCUUGAUGAUCUCCAGUCAUACAUGGCGCAAAUGGACCAGGAACUGGCACAUACCAGCGUCGGCAAGAGUUUCACUACCCAGAAGCAAAUGGAAGCUCUGUCUCAGACUACCAAUAAUAAUUCAGAUGAGGAAGAUUCUGGUGCAGGAGAAUCUAUUAUGACACCAGUGGAUGUAGACCUGAACCUGGUUUCAAAUAUACUGGAAUCCUAUAGUUCCCAAGCUGGACUGGCAGGACCUGCUUCCAACCUCUUACAAAGCAUGGGAGUGCAGCUACCUGACAACACUGAUCAUAGACCCACAAGUAAGCCAACAAAAGAUUAACCAGCAAACCUAGCCUCUCUUUUUCAUUCCUUAAAUAAAUAUCGAGUCUGAUUGUGCU